AUGCCUCUUCCUAAGAAAGGUUUAGUUAAGGAAGGAUCUUGUUCGUCUUCAAUGCAAAGAUCGAUUUUUAACACAAAUGUUAAAAAUGUCGAUGAAAUGAAAGCUCUCACGACUUGUUCACCGAAAGAAUUGAAGGAAAAGUUGGAUAAAAAUAAUAAAUUACUAGAAAACGAGGAGAUCAUUUCAAAAUUAGCCGAUAAAGGGCAAAAACUUCGUGAAAGGAAUAAACUUAUUAGUGAAUUACUUCAGAAGCAUGAAUCAAACCUUUCAACCUCCACUAGUGAAUUGGAAAAUUUGAUAAGCAAGAUGAACAUUUGUGAGGAAGGCGCAAAACAAACUUGUGUAAUGUCAAAGAUAACUCCUGUCUCGCUUGGGAAUAAAAAAAAAGGCCGAUUUUAUAACCCAAGUGCCAAAGCAAAUCAAAUUUCAAUUGAAGAGUCCAUUAAAUUACAAGAAUGUCAAGAAAGGUUACAACAGGAAAUUCGAAUACAUGCAUUAUCCGAGAAAUUCCAACACAAGACUGUAGACAAAAAGGAUCUUGGAUCCAAAACAACUCAUUAUGAUGACAUAUCUGAAGGAUCAUAUGAUUCUGAUUCAAGUGACGAGGAUGAGGAUGAGGAUGAUAACGACGAUCAAUAA